AUUCUGUUUAUAAUGUUUUAAAGAGGUACGAAGAACGCAGCACAAAACCGUCGUUUUUCCUGGUGGCUUGAUUGUGUUUCAUCAUUAUCUCUUCUGUAAAAGAAGAAAUAAGAAGGAUGAACAAAUCGCGCAUUAAAUGGUGGCCGCAAUAUUUAGCAGCGAUUACAGCCACCUUAUGUUUAGCAGCAGCUGGUACUCAGAUAGGAUGGACAUCACCGAUAUUGCCAAAAUUAAAGUCUCCAGAUUCUCGUGUACCACUAACCUCGGAUGAUGCUUCAUGGAUUGCUUCAUUCUCUCUCCUCGGCUCGAUACCUAGCAUUAUCCUCUCAGGUUUCAUCGUAGACCGACUUGGUCGUAAAACAAGCCUCCUGAUAGCUGGAAUACCACAUAUAAUUUCUUGGAUUUUAAUCAUCGUGGCUUGGAAUCCUUACGUUCUCUAUUUAUCGAGAUUCAUAGGUGGCAUUGGGCUUGGUAUAGGUUAUGUUAUUUGCCCAAUGUAUAUCGGUGAGAUCGCCGACAAGGAGAUUAGAGGAUCUUUAGGUUCUUUUAUCAAGCUUAUGGUAACUUUUGGCGAAUUAUACGCUCAUGCGAUUGGUCCAUUUGUGUCGUACGAAUGUUUGGCUUACAGCUGUGCUGUAAUUCCUAUAAUCUUUCUUUUAACAUUCGGUUGGAUGCCAGAAUCUCCUUAUUAUUUAUUAAUGAAGAAUCGCGAGGAUAAAGCGAUAAAUAGUUUAAAACAGCUUAAAAGAUAUGCGACGGAAGAUCAAUUGGAAGAAGAUAUGGAGCAAAUGCAGAAAACUAUGAUCAAGGAUCUCAGUGAUAGAGGAUAUAUUUGGGAUCUAUUCAACACUAAAGGUAACAGAAGAGCUAUGUUAAUCAGUUUCGGUCUUCAGUUAAUCUUGCAAUUCAGCGGUUUGGCUGCCAUAGAAUCUUAUACUCAAGAAAUUCUUGAAGAGGGUGAUACGAAUUUAUCAGCUGCAGUAGCAGUGAUCAUUUUAAGUGUUCUUCAGUUGGUAGCAGGUGUUGGUGCCGCAGCUCUGGUGGACAAAUUAGGAAGAAGACCGUUGCUUCUUGUUAGUACAUUUCUUGGUGGAUUGUCUUUAACUAUUGCUGGGGCAUUUUAUCUUCUUAAACUUUACAUGCUGGUAGACAUAACUGGUUUUGGUUGGGUUCUUUAUGCCUCUGUUAUAUUUUACGAAUUAAUUAUUGCAUUAGGUUUGAAUCCAUUAGCCUAUAUGAUGCUCGGAGAAUUAUUUCCAACUAACGUUAAAGGGGCUGCUGUGUCUGCAGCAAAUUUGUGGGCUUCUUUAUUAGCAUUCUUCGUUUCGAAAAUGUAUCAAGUUAUUUCCGAUUUUUACGGUGUUUAUACUUCUUUCGGUUGGUUUGCGAUCAGUUGUUUUCUUGGAAUUAUUUUUAUACUCUUUAUGGUCCCAGAAACAAAAGGGAAAACUUUGUUAGAGAUACAAGAAGAAUUGAAUUGUAAACGAAAACAAGAGCGGAAAAUAAACAAAAAUAAACAAGAAGCCCACGUAAGUACGAUAGGUUAAGUCAGAUAUAGGAUGGAACGAUAGUUUUAAUUUGCAUUGAUAAAUUAAUUGAUGAUGAUUAAUAAGAUUCAUUGCUAUUUGAUUCAUCAUGAUCUAUUAAAAUUAUUUUGAGAUCAAGAUUGAAUAAGUUUUCAAUAUAUUAUUUAAUACUAGAAUUAUCGAGAAG